UCCUGGCCCCGUGCAUCCCUGCGCUCCCGGCCUGGCCGGACCCGGGCGCUGUCCGCGCCGAAAGCCGGGACCUCCGGCCGGGCGCGCGGGUCCCGCGGGCCGCCUCCCUGCCCGCGGGUCCCCGGCGCGCCCCCUGCGCGGCCUUGCCCGCGCCCGCAGGGCUCAGGCUCGCGGCUCUGCGCCCGCUGCUCCGCGCCCGCCGCGGGCAGAACAGGUUCCUUCCAGUUUGGGUGUGAGCCGCGCGCGCGGCGCCGGGGACCCCGAGUUCCUCCUCCCGCGCCCACUUCCCCCGGUUUCGUCAACUAGCGCAUGCUCGUGGUUCCUCUUGGCGGGGGCGACGGGGGCCGUAGAGGCCCCGGGGAACUCGCGGCCCGGCUGCACGGGCGCCUCGCUUCACCCCCUUUGGUGCAGCGGCGACAGCAUCGCGUGGCGCGCCGGGGAUGUGAGCGAGCGGCCAGGCUGAGUCAGCAUCCCCCGCCCGGGGCGCGCGCGUUCUCCCCUCCGGGCGGGAGGCGGCGUCCUCGCAGGAAACCUUACAGACACACGAAGCCUUCCACCAUCUGGAACUCAGAAACUCGACUGGGGAGGACUGUGGCUUCUGGACCGUCCAGGUGUUCCACAGAUGUGAGCAUUUAUCCCGCACUCGCCAGCUGGAGCCCCGAACAGCUGCACGGCCUUGCUCCGGCUCACACUGCCCUGAACUGAGGGCUCGUUUUCCAAGUGGCCGAGAGCAGCUGCUGACUCUGCGGUCUGACUGCCGCACGCUGCCCGCCCCCUCCCAGAGCUGGGCUGGAGUCUCCUGACUUGAAUUAGGGUUCCAGGUGGGGGCCUCGUUUCUGUAGCCCCCAACACCCCGAUAGACAUCCCCAUCACCCCGGUGUCUUCCGGCAAACUCCACCACCGUGUCACUUCACAGACUCAGAAUCCUCCCCAAUCACCAUGGCCUGGCUUUCCCUAAAGGUCUUGUUGGUGGGGCUGAGUUUCCUGGGAUGUCUUUAUCCUCUCGUGGAUUUUAGCUUCAGUGGGGAAACAAGAGGCCAGAAACCGAAUUUCGUGAUCAUUCUGGCGGAUGACAUGGGGUGGGGUGACCUGGGAGCUAACUGGGCAGGCACGAAGGACACUGCCAACCUGGACAAGAUGGCUGCAGAAGGAAUGAGGUUCGUGGAUUUCCACGCGGCGGCCUCCACCUGCUCACCCUCCCGGGCGGCCCUGCUCACUGGCCGGCUGGGCCUCCGCAACGGAGUCACUCACAACUUUGCAGUCACGUCCGUGGGGGGCCUUCCACUCAACGAGACCACCUUGGCCGAAGUGCUGCGGGGGGCUGGCUACGUCACGGGGAUGAUUGGCUGCAGGGCCGCGGGGGGCGGGCCCCCGGCCCCUCGCUCAGCCUCUGCAGGCGGCUGCUGCUGGCCAGGGAGGAAGGUGAUGAAACCAGGGAAGUGGCAUCUUGGGCACCAUGGCUCUUACCACCCCAGCUUCCGUGGCUUUGACUACUACUUCGGGGUCCCCUACAGCCACGACAUGGGCUGCACUGACACCCCUGGCUACAACCACCCCCCGUGCCCGGCGUGUCCCCGGGGCGACAGACCAUCCAGGAACCUUGAGCGGGACUGCUACUCUGACGUGGCCCUUCCUCUGUACGAAAACCUCAACAUCGUGGAGCAGCCCGUGAACUUGAGCGCCCUUGCACAGAAGUACGCCGAGAAGGCCACCCAGUUCAUCCGGCAGGCGAGCGCCAGCGGGAGACCCUUCCUGCUGUACGUGGGCCUGGCACACAUGCACGUGCCCCUGGCCGGGACGCCGCCGUCAGCAGGACCCGGGAGUCUAAGGCCGUACAGCGCGGGUCUGCGGGAGAUGGACCGCCUCGUGGGCCGGAUCAAGGACACAGUUGACCUCACAGGGAAAAACAACACGUUCCUCUGGUUUACAGGGGACAAUGGCCCGUGGGCUCAGAAGUGUGAGCUGGCCGGGAGUGUGGGGCCCUUCACUGGAUUGUGGCAGGCUCGUCGAGGAGGAAGUCCCUCCAAGCAGACCACUUGGGAAGGAGGGCACCGCGUCCCGGCCCUGGCUUACUGGCCCGGCAGGGUCCCCGUCAACGUCACCAGCGCGGCUCUGCUGAGCGUGCUGGACAUCUUCCCCACCGUGCUGGCCCUGGCUGGGGCCCCCCUGCCCGGAGGCCGACGCUUUGACGGUCUGGACGUCUCGCAGGUGCUGUUCGGCCGGGCGCAGACGGGACACAGGCUCCAUGGAAACUUUGAAUCACGCGCUGUUCCACCCCAACAGCGGGGCUGCCGGAGAGGACGGAGCGCUUCAGACCAUCCGCCUGGAGCGGUACAAGGCCUUCUAUGUCACUGGCGGAGCGCGAGCCUGCGACGGGAGCGUCGGCCCCGAGCGGCGCCACGAGCAACCCCUCAUCUUCGACCUGGAAGCCGACCUCGCGGAGGCCGCGCCCCUGGCCGGCGGCGGCGCGGAGUACCGGGCGGUGCUGCCCAGGGUCGCGGCGGCUCUGGCGGGCGCGCUGGACGACAUCGCCCGGGACCGCGUCUCCCGGGCGGAUUACAGCCAGGAUCCUUCCGUGCGUCCCUGCUGCGACCCCCGCCGCCCCGCCUGCCGCUGCCCGGCCGCGUGAGGGGCGCCCUGCACCAGGACGCCGCGGUCGCCGCCCCCCGCGGUCCCUGCCGCCCGCGGUCCCGUGAGCUCUGAAGACCACGCCGCGCCCGCGCUGUGAGCAAAGACGCCGGAGCUUUGGAGUUAGGAGUCAGACCAGCCUCUGAACUUCGGCGAUUAUGUAACCGGACUCACAGGCUGACCCUGAGGGAGGACCAGGCGAGGCGUGAAGAUGCCUGCCUGGCACCGGCCGUGACCCCGAGCAGCGCGGAAAUGGACCCAGUUUUGCUGGUCCUCUGAGCGGAGGUCCGUGCCCGCUGGCGUCUGGAGCAGCCCCGCCCCUCCUUUCCUGCGCCUGCAGACCCCCUGGGAGCUUAUGACCGUGCUGAUUCCGACCAGGGCGGGGUGCGGACCGGAGAUGCUCUGGGGCCGGGAAGAUCCCCCAGGGACGCUGGGGCAGUGUAGACGCAGGCCUGACGUAGGUCGCUUGUCUCCGAGCGGAAGAGCCACAGAAGAUUCCCCACCUCCCUCCAUCCCCUUCGACAGGCAAAUGUCUGUGCUUUGUAGAUUUUAGGAAUGCUUCCUGCUUCCUCAAACCACAAAGAAGUAAAAAUUUUAAAGCCUCAAAA